GGAUGGCGGCGGCUUCUGCGGCGGCUGUGGGCUCGGGCUCCAGCGCAGGGGCCUCGGGUGCAGCGGGCGGCGGGGCGCGUGAGGGCGCGCGAGUGGCGGCACUCUGCCUGUUGUGGUAUGCGCUGAGCGCGGGCGGCAACGUGGUCAACAAGGUUAUCCUGAGCGCUUUCCCAUUCCCGGUGACCGUGUCGCUGUGCCAUAUCCUGGCGCUGUGCGCGGGGCUCCCGCCGCUGCUGCGCGCCUGGCGCGUGCCCCCAGCGCCACCCGUCUCGGGCGCUGGGCCCAGCUCGCAUCCGUCUCCCAGCCCGCUACUGCCGCCGCGUUUCUACCCGCGCUACGUGCUGCCGCUCGCCUUCGGCAAGUACUUCGCAUCUGUGUCUGCGCACGUCAGCAUCUGGAAGGUGCCCGUGUCCUACGCUCACACCGUGAAGGCCACAAUGCCCAUCUGGGUGGUCCUCCUGUCCCGUAUUAUCAUGAAGGAGAAGCAAAGCACUAAGGUGUAUUUGUCACUCAUCCCCAUCAUCAGCGGCGUCCUGUUGGCCACCGUCACUGAGUUGUCUUUCGACAUGUGGGGUCUUGUAAGCGCCCUUGCUGCCACUCUGUGCUUCUCCCUUCAGAACAUAUUCUCCAAAAAGGUAUUGAGAGAUUCACGGAUCCACCAUCUCCGGCUGCUGAACAUCCUGGGCUGCCAUGCUGUCUUCUUUAUGAUUCCCACCUGGGUUCUGGUAGACCUCUCAGCUUUCCUGGUCAGCAGUGACUUGACCUACAUCUCCCAGUGGCCCUGGACACUCCUGCUCCUGGCUGUCAGUGGCUUCUGUAAUUUUGCCCAGAAUGUCAUUGCCUUUAGCAUCCUCAACCUCAUCAGCCCCCUUAGCUACUCGGUCGCCAAUGCCACCAAGAGAAUCAUGGUCAUCACAGUGUCCCUGAUCAUGCUGCGCAACCCGGUCACAAGCACCAACGUUCUAGGCAUGAUGACAGCUAUCCUGGGGGUCUUCCUGUACAACAAGACCAAGUAUGAUGCAAACCAGCAAGCGAAGAAGCACCUCCUCCCUGUCACAGCAGCAGACCUGAGCAGCAAGGAGCGUCACCGGAACCCACUAGAGAAGCCCCACAAUGGCCUCCUCUUCCCCCAGCAUGGGGGCUAUCAAUAUGGCCACAACAACAUCUUAACAGAUCACUUCCAGUACAGCCGGCAGAGCUACCCAAACUCGUACAGUUUGAACCGUUAUGAUGUAUAGAGUCCAGAGGACAGGACAAGAUGGUUCUGUGACUCCUUCCCCAAGCCCCAACAGUAUCAGAAACUUCUGACAACUAGUGAAUGUACAGCCCAGCCGAGGGGAUGGUGCAGAACCUUGUAACAUCAGAAGAUCUUGGGCUUCCCAGCCCCCCCGGGAGCAACAGAAAGUUGGGCCUGCAGUAUGGACAGCCAUAGGCUCUGGGCAGAGGCAAAUCUAAGUGAAGACCAGUAUUUUACACUUUCUUACUGGAGUCUGUCAGGUUGUGUCCCUGUGGAGAUCUUGGCCAAGUAGUACCAAUUCAGUGUGGAAUUAUUCCCCAAGCAGUGUACUUCAGAGCUCUUGUUCUGCUUUACAGAUGACAUUCACGGUCCUCCAAAAGUGCCAUCACUGUGGAGAUGACCAUGGAGCUGACAAGAGGUGGUUUCUGGGGGCAAGGGGUGUCAGGGAGUGGAUCAAAAGGGAGUGCUUACGUGUGACACGGGCAUCAAGUGGACAAGGAGCCUAUAUGGGUCACUUAGAACAUCUCCAGCAUCAAAGGUGGAUCCAGUUUCCCAGCCAUCCUCAUGACCAUUUGCAAUUCCUGGCAGAUGUUCCAAAGUGAAAAGCUAUUGCAAUUAAUGUUCGAUUUCCUAGAUCCUGAUUCGUUCUCUAACCUGUGAGUUGGAAUUGGUGUCCACCUAGACCCAGAGGGAAGGGAAACUGCUCCCUUUCCUUUGCCUUUUUCUAACAGAGCAGGGCACUGCUUCUCUUAGUGAGAAGAAUCAGUCUUCAAGAAAUCACAUUCAAGGCUGUGUGCAAUGGCUCACUCCUAUAAUCCCAGCACUCUGGGAGGCCGAGGUGGGUGGA